AUGGCAAAAGCACAAAUAAAUACGAAAUCUAGCAACUACGUUAAAGACAGAGACGCUUUCCUUAAGGAUCUAAAGCAAUUUAACGAGAGUAAAAAUUUGCCAACUAAGACACCAAUAGUAAAUGGAAUAGAAAUAGAUCUUUAUUUAUUUUAUAUGUUAGUACAACAACGAGGAGGACUUGGGAAGGUAAAUCAAAAUGAUACUUGGGAAUCAUUUCUGCGACCAUUGAGAUUGCCACAUCCGUGUAUUAAUGGGUCGACACUGCUGAGAAGAAUAUAUGGGUCACAUUUAGAAAAAUAUGAACGCACCAAAGGCCCUCCCGGGCGAGAUGACGACAACGACAUGGAUGAAGACCCUCGUCGAGGUCGUGGCGGUGCCAUACCACGCGUAUCUUAUGGUGGGAGUACGUACAUAUCAGCUUCAGGUGAGCAACUUCGCACUGGGUCCCGGGUCGCGGCGGCAUCAGAACGUCUCGCGCUGUCUCUGCUGUCUCCGAUGCCCAACGAGCAGGACUUCGCCGUCAACGUGUGCACUGUGCUGGCUGCGGACCAUUCAAACAGGCUCCCCUUGAGUACUACGCCGCAUAUAUUGGAUUUUCUGCUGGCUCAUGCAGGAGUGUAUAACCAUUCGAGUCUUCGAGACACAAUCGGCCGCUCGUACUACGAAGCGCGAGGUCUUUACCCUGACGACUUUUGGAGAAUGCGCGCCGGUGGUGGAGGCGCGAAGGAACUUGCCGACGAGACCAAGUUCAUGCAGCCCGGCGUCGAACAACCGGACCUCAUAGUCCAAGCUAGAGCAGCUCAUAAUACCCUCACUGACUGUUUGAUGAAUGACCCCGAAGAAGAAGAAUUGAUAGUGGAAAAGAUCGUCGAUGAUGAUGUACUAGAAGACUGGGUUACAGAACCUUCGGAUGAUCACCAACUGUUCGCUCCAGAGCUCCCUGGUGGUGCUUCCUGCGUGUACACCCAAAGAGUGUUACAGAUAGCUUCUAUAGUACGGUCACUGUCAUUUCACGAAGAGAAUGUCCAGCAUCUCUCUAAGAACACCACUCUGAUCAGAUUUUUACUGUUGUGUGCAAACAGUUGGGUCGGCACAUUGCGACAGUCAGGGUUAGACACACUUGGUAACGUGUCCACGGAGCUAAUCAUUAAGGACCCAGCUACGUGCUUGAUAUCUCGUCACAUACUGUCGACUAUCCAAUCGUCGUUAGUGUCCCAGGACCGAGCGCGGGUGCUUGCCGCGCUCGAGCUACUCAACAAACUUGCUCAAAAUGAAACCAACGAAGAUGCUCUGCUCAAAUCAUUGGAAGCUAAGGUGUACCACGAUGUAUGCGCUCUGCUGACCCUGCGCGACAUAAUGGUGCUGGUGUGCACGCUGGAGUGCGUGUACGCGCUCACGUCGCUGGGCGACCGCGCCAGCGAGGCCGUGGCGAGGGUGCCCGGCCUUAUACAUACUCUCGUCUCAUUGGUCACUGUUGAGGCCCAAAGCUACGGUCCUCGCGCGUGUAUCCUGAUGCGCGUGGUGGAGACUGUGAGCGGGCCCAGCGCCGUCGCUGCUCAUGCCGACCGAGAUGCGCAAGAGCGUAGCCAACCACACCCGCCACAGAGCCAGACGACACCGGUGAAACAAGCGCCCGAGGUGACCCAAGGGCCUGCCACUACCACUACAACAGCGACACCGGCCGUCUCUUCCUUAGCACCUGUCUCUUCUAUACAACAGUCACAUAUUCAACAAAGAACUGUACAAGAAAACGAACACUUUGCCCAAGUAUGGCUACGAUCAGCGUACGAAGUGCUUCCGGCAAACGACAACAGCGCGUGCGAGGCGAGCGAGGUGUACCGCCAGUACGUGGCGUGCUGCAGCAAGCUCUCGCGCAAGGGCGUCAUCGCGCCCGCGCACUUCCCGCGACUCGUCAGGACGGUAUUCGGAGGCACAGUGGGGCCUAAUACGUUGAACCUGGCAAAUGGAGAGUCACAACAGGUGUAUAUUGGUAUCAGGGCGAGAAAUGCUCAGAACAGAACUGCUCCUGCGGUUGGCCCUUCUUCACCGAUAUUGAAAGCGCAGCUGACAAAUAAACCACCAGCAUCAGAAGCUAAGCCCGUCGUCACCCAGCAGCCUCAAGUUCAGCAGCCACAACAACAGCCAACAACAACGCACCCGCAUUUAUCCCAAGCGCUGGAGUCGAGUCCGUCGAACACUACGUUAAUUAAACACUUGUUAGCACAUAAAGUAAGCCCCGCACUACAACAAACGCAAGUUGCACAAAGGCAGCAAAGUCAACAGAGAGUUCCAGCUACUCCGAGUACUGUAGUAAUACAACAACCUAAUCAGGUGCAGUCUAUGGAUGUUGAUCCGGAAGCUCUGAUUAAGUGUACAACAAUAACACCCGGCGGUGUAGCCAGUAGCAGUCCAGCUGCGCCGCAAGAAAAGGUUAAUGUCAUCACUUCCGAAGACAUGAUAGUGCCCAAAGAAGAACCAGUACAGAUACAAAUAGAUGAGCAAGCACAAUUUACUAUCAAAACAGCUCAAAAUAAAAUGUUAGCAGACUUACUUAAGAAGAACUCGAACCCUCCACUGCAAGUGGUACAGAUGGGACCUCAAAUCAAUGCUCCUACAAUUCAAAUAACUGAAACAGGUCAAAUCGUACAAGUCAAAUCUGACCCUACUCCAGUCAUUCAAUUCAAUGCAGACGCCGGCAUAGUCGCCCAAGGUAACCAAUAUUUCCAAAUCAAGAACGAACAAGGCCAACUAAUUCAAAUAAAAAAUGAACAAGGUCAAAUCAUUCACUUAAAGAGUGAUCAACUGGCGCCACCUAUGCUUCAGUUUAAAAAUGAACAAGGACAGAUAGUGCAGGUGAAAAAUGAAAAGGAGAUAGCUGAGACUGUAGUCAUUGAUCAUUCUUACACGGAGCCUCCGGCUAAGAAGAUCAAAGUUGAAGAAAAAAAAGAGAGCGUCCCGCCCCAAGAAAGCGUAUCGAAAACAGCUGCUAACUUAUAUGCGGCACUCGCCGCCUCAGCUUUGGAAGACGAGGACGAUUUGAUGCCGCCGAAGCAAGAACCAGUUGACAUUAUGCAGUCCUCUAUGCUGGUGGCGGCGACGGGAGACAACGCAUCAUUCAUACAAGAACCUAUUCUACAAGUACAGCAACCAGCUAUGUCAGUUCAACAACCGUCUUUGCAAGUACAACAACCAACACUGCAAGUGCAACAGCCCACUUUACAAGUGCAAGGGAACACGAUACAGGUGCAGCAGCCGACGCUGCAAGUGCAACAACCAAUGCUGCAAGUGCAACCUAUGGACGUCCAAAAUCUAAUAGCAUCGCAAUCAGGACAAAUUAUUUUGCAAGAGAAAACAAUUGGCUCUCAACAAACCACGCAAUUCGUCCAACAGCCCAUGCAGAUUAUCGCGACGCCUAGCACUUCCCAAGGUGGAUUGAGCUACUUAGCGCAGAACAUACCUGGCGGCAUGAUGCAGAAAACUAUAAUAAUUGUCCAAGGCCCUACUGGUGGUGGACCUCUGACUCUCACGGUGAACAACCCAGGAGGUUUGGACGACGCGACCCUAAACAGUCUUAUCACCCAGGCUACAGAGGCGAUAACCCAACAGCAAAUUAUACAGAACACCCCCCAAAUAACUCCAAGCCAGCAACCUAUAAUAACAACACAGCCGCAACCCCAUAAGGCUCAGCUGGUCAACCCACAGCCAUCGCAACAGAUCGUGGUCGCAACACAGAAGCAGCCACCAGCGCUUAUAAGCACCACAAUGACAUCAUCAACUAAUCAGAUAGUGACCACCAACCCACAAUUAAUUCAAGGCAACCAACAACUAUUACAAGGGAAUCAGCAGAUAAUUACAGUUUCGAAUAAUCAACCGGUAAUAGUGAAUGCGCCGAUGAAGUCCAACGUGCACAGGGUUGUACAGAACGUACAGCAACCACAAAGGAGUCCAGUCGUUACUAAUGUUCAGACAACCAACCCUGUGUCCGUUGUGCAGACAGAAGGGAAGACUAGUGUUAUACAGUCUAGUGCGAAAAUCUCGCAACAGCCGGUGAUGAGGCAAGUCAUUACUCGGCAGCCCGUCAUGGUCGGAAACACUAAGAUCGGUGAUAAAGAACUCGUCGUUUCACAAACUGUAACUGAGCCACCAAAGCCACCGACACCUAAACCUGCAGCAACACCUCCGCCCGCGCCAGCCCCGCAACCAGCUCAACAAACCACGCCUCCUUUAGAUGAAACACCUUGGAUUUGUCACUGGAGAGGAUGUGGGAAAUCAUUCGUGAGUUCGACGGACGUGUUCACGCACGCGGCGCGCACGCACUGCCCGCCCACGUCCGGCGGCGAGGCGCCCUGCAUGUGGCUCGACUGCGACCGGGUGCCGCGCAAGACCUUCGCGCUGCUCAACCACCUCACCGACAAGCAUUGUACACCGCAUGCGUUGAAAGCGAUCUACAACUCUCGUCGUUUGGCGGCGAGUGAGGCUGAGAGUAAGCCGGUGUCGCUGGGCUACCCGCCCAACGCUGCGCUGGCCGCUCUCAACAAACACGCCGCCGACAUGUUCAACCCCAGGGAACUCAUGCACAGGGCCGAACUCAGUCGCACACCGGAGAUACUGGAUGAGAACGAGGGUCCAGUUACAAAGAGUAUCCGAUUGACAGCUGCACUCAUAUUGAGGAAUAUUGUCAUUUAUUCUAACACUGGACGAAGGCAACUGCGUUCCUACGAGGCAAAUCUCGCUACAAUCGCGUUGAGUAGUGUCGAAGCUUCUAGAACGAUCGCACAAGUUCUGUACGACAUGAAUAAUAUCUGA